CUCCCCGUAAGUAUCCAACCAUCCGUACAAUCAAUUUCUCAAAUUCCAAAUUUACCCUUCCCUAGUCCUCUUUUAAUAACAUUCAUCUUCUCUUUUUUUUGGUUUCUAAGACUACUUGUUUCCAAAUUUUUAUAUUAAUCCAUCCAGCAAUGGUGAAAUCAAACGAGAAUGGGUCCGUUUCAGUGGCGCCUUUUUUGAAAAAAUGUUACGAGAUGGUUGACGACGAGUCAACGGACUCCAUAAUUUCUUGGAGUCAAAACAGUGAGAGUUUUGUUAUAUGGGACAUGACUGAAUUCUCAGUUAAACUGUUACCAAAGUACUUCAAGCACAGCAAUUUCUCUAGCUUCAUCAGACAGCUUAAUAUCUAUGGUUUCAGAAAAGUUGACACAGAUCGAUGGGAAUUUGCAAAUGAUGGAUUCAUUAGAGGUCAGAAGCAUUUGUUGAAUAAUAUCAGUAGAAGGAAAAACUCCCAAGCACCUGAGCACCGAAAAUCAUCGCAACAGUCAGAAAACGUUGUCGAACUGUGUGAUAAAAUUGACAAUUUAGCAUUGUGGAAGGCAGUUGAGAAUUUGAAGACUGAUAAAAAUGCACUUGCACAGGAGUUGGUUAAACUUAGGCAGUACCAGGAGACUGCAGAUAAUAAGUUGCUACUCUUGAGGGACCGCGUUCAAGGUAUGGAAACAAACCAGCAGCAGAUGUUAUCAUUCUUAGUGAUGGCCAUGCAAAACCCUAACUUUUUGGUUCAGCUGCUUCAACCAAAAGAGAAUAACUGGCGCAUGGCUGAAGCAAGCAGUAUUUUAGAAGAAGUUACGGAAUGUGGUGAACCAGUAGCUUCUGAUAAUAUGUUAGUAAGAUAUCAGCCACCAGUAGACGAAACUCUGAAGCCUGUACUCACACCAGUGACAGAUUCAGAAAUUCAACCUGAAUCUGACGCAUCCAAUGGCAGGAAAGAUUUUUUCAUGAAUAUCGAUUUUGUGAAAAUGCUUAUGGAAGAAACUCAUGCACCAUUCAUUCCUUCGGAUUUAAAUUAUGAUGGUGAAUGGGAGAAGCUUCUUUUAGGUAGUCCAUUUAUAGAAAAUCCUGAAGAUAAUCAGCUAGAUAGAGAAGUACAGACUGGCUCAGAAAUGGAAGUAGAACCAACAGCAACCGGAAAUGAUUUGGAGAAGCUUCAUAAUUUUGAACUUUUACUACAACAAAUGGACAAAUCUCAAAACUCUCAGGUUGAACCGACAAAUAAUGGAUCUCAUUUGGAGAAUCCCCAAAAUUUGGAAUUCCAGACUGAGAAAAUGAAACAUUUGGCCUCUGAAAACUGAAAAGAAUCACGAACUUUGAACUCUACAGAAAGGCGCCAACAUCUUGGCAGCUAGGGCGUCCUUGCGAGCUUAGUUAAUUCAAGAAAGUGUUAUGGGUGCCACUUGGAAGUAUGGCUUUGGCAUUUUUAAUCUCGGUAUGUAUAGUUCUUAAAAAUUUCUCUAUAUUCGAUAUAUCAGAAAUUUUUGUAUUUUCUACAUACAAAUUUGCUAUACAAUCACAAAUACUAUUUCUUAGUAGAUCUUUGUUUUGUUCUUUGGCUUCA